CCUCGCAUGGACUCGCCAUUUGCGCACAGGAUGAGCUGGAAAGGAAUAUCACCGGACUAACAGUACAAACCGUAUUCAUGGCAAUAUGCGUCUAUAUUGGACACUUGAGUUUCAAAAUGCGCAAGAACUGAUUUGAAAACAUGUCUGACGCAACAUUGACCCCGACACCAGAUGUAAAGUUUCUGGGCGACUCUCUGGAGAUACUCAACACCAGCACCGCUCCGGAGCAUCCACACUUGCAUUCAGGCAUUAUUAUAGCAACCGUUUACGCGCUCCUCAUUACUGCUGGACUUAUUGGUAAUGUGACGCUCAUUAGGACGUUUUGCAUCGUGAAAUCCAUGCGCAAUGUCCCCAAUCUGUUCAUGUCGAGUCUCGCCCUCGGAGACGUGCUGCUGCUGGUCACCUGUGCGCCCGUGGAUGCCAGCAAGUUUCUGGCGGAUGAGUGGCUGUUUGGGCGGAUGGGUUGCAAACUCAUCCCGUUCAUUCAACUGACUUCAGUCGGAGUGUCGGUGUUCACGCUCACAGCGCUGGCAGCGGACAGAUACAAGGCCAUUGUCAAGCCAAUGGAUAUCAAGGCAUCUAAAGCUUCGCUAAAGGUCUGCCUGAGGGCGGCAUCGAUCUGGCUGCUCUCCAUGGCCCUGGCCAUCCCUGAGGCGGUGUUCUCCGAUCUCCACACCUUCCACAUCCCACAAAGCAAUGAGACCUUUAAAGCAUGUGCCCCGUACCCUCACGCUGGAGACCUGCAACCUAAAAUCCAUUCCAUGGCCUCCUUUCUCAUUCUGUAUAUCAUUCCUCUCUUCAUUAUUUCUGUGUACUACAUCUUCAUUGCCAGGAGUCUGAUUGAGAGUGCGAUUAACAUGCCUGUGGAAGGAAAUGCGCACAUUCGGAGGCAGAUUGAGUCACGUAUGCGGCUUGCCAAGACAGUGCUGGUGUUCGUGGGUCUUUUUGCCAUCUGCUGGCUCCCCAACCAUGUGAUUUACCUCUACCGGUCCUACCACUACACUGAAGUGGACACCUCAAUGGCACAUUUCAUCUCCAGUGUGUGCGCACGUAUCCUUGCCUUUACCAACUCUUGUGUGAACCCCUUCGCUCUCUACCUUCUCAGCAAAUCCUUUAGGAAGCAGUUCAACAAGCAGCUUUGCUGCUGCUGCCCAUCCAUCUCUCUGCGCACACAAAACACUAGGCGUAACAACACGCGACUGAGUUCACUCAAAAGCACCCAGAACCACUCUGUGGCCAGCUUCAGCCUUGUCAAUGGCAACGCUGUCUGCCAUUAGAGCUGAACAGGCAUAUUUAACUUCUUCUUGUUCAGAGUUAUAUUAUAGGAAUAGUUCACCCAAAAAUGAAGAUCUUCUCUUCUUCAAAAUUCUCCAUUUGCAUUCCACAGAAAACAGAA